AUGAAGACUUCUAGUACCCUUUUUAAGGACAAGUUUCAUAAUCAUAGGGAGACAUGCCCUAACGUAGGCAAGGGGGUACCUUUUGUUUUGACGUCUCUGUUGAUGGCAUCCAUUUUCUGUAUGUUCUUCCUCUAUGCUCCAAACCCCAUGACCCUCAUGCCCAACCAAGGCAGUGACAUAUUUGAAAAUCACUCCCAAAAACAACAACAAGUAGAAGAGCAUAACAAGACAACAAAGGUUUCAUCAUCCAAACCACAAAAAGAACAGAAAACAUGUGACUUGUUUAAGGGUCAUUGGCUUCCAUCUUUAGGAGGGUCAUCCUAUUACACCAAUUCAAGCUGCACAACAAUCCCUGAUAGCAAAAACUGUUUCAAGCAUGGGAGAAAAGACACUAAUUUUCUCAAUUGGAAAUGGAAGCCUGAGCAAUGUGAGCUUCCAAGGUUUGAUUCCAGAACCUUCCUUCACGUGGUUCAAGGGAAGAAAAUGGCAUUCAUUGGUGACUCUGUGGCCAGGAACCAUAUGGAAUCCCUCUUAUGCCUCUUGUCACAGGAGGAAACUCCAAAGGAUAUUUAUAAGGACUCAGAAGAUAGAUACGGAACAUGGUAUUUUCCUAACCAUGAUUUCACUCUCAUGAUAGUGUGGAGCAGAUUCCUUAUAGUAGGAGAGGAAAGAAUGGAAAACGGUACAGGGUCCAGCAUUUUUCACUUACACCUUGACAAGGUAGAUGAAGAUUGGGCUAAAGUGCUCCCUGACUUGGACUAUGCAAUUAUCUCAGCUGGACAUUGGUUUUUCAGAAUGAUGUACCUUUAUGAAGCAGAAAAACAACUAGGUUGUGUAUAUUGCAAUCAAAAGAAUGUAACAGACUACAACAUAGAUUUCCCAUUUAGAGUGGCAUUUAGAACAGCAUUCAGAUACAUCAAUAGCUGCAAGGAAUGUAGGAGAACAUUGACAGUGCUGAGGACAUUUGCUCCAGCACACUUUGAGAAUGGUUUUUGGAACACAGGAGGGCACUGCAACAGGACAGGUCCUAAGAGUGAGGGUGAGGUUGAUUUUGGGAGCUUUGAUUGGCAAUUGAGGAAUGUUCAAAUGGAAGAGUUUGAGAGAGCAAGGAAUGAGGGAAUGAAGGAAGGGCAUCAUAGGUUUGAGUUAUUGGAUGUAACUAAGGCUAUGCUUAUGAGACCAGAUGGACACCCUGGUGAGCAUUGGGGAAACAAAUGGAUGAAGGGUUAUAAUGAUUGUACUCAUUGGUGUUUGCCAGGUCCUGUUGAUAUGUGGAGUGAGUUAUUGCUGGCUGUUCUCAAAAGGGAUGCUGAGAUGAGUUCUGGAUUAUAGGCUUAAACAUGAUAUACAUAUAUAGGAAUGAAUGUCUCUUGUUAGAACAACAUGACAUAAAAAAAUUUAGUCAUUCAUUGAUAGAUGAACAAUCAUAAUUUUAAUGAUAAAACUUGUGAAGAGGUGAAAAUAAAUAUUUUAGUUGUUCAUCUAUUAAUGAAUGACUGAGAUUUUUCUUGAUAUAAUCACAUUAAGAAGAGAUAUGAGAGAAAGGAUACAUUUAUAUUGAUAGAGAAAAAUAACAAGCUCAAACCACACAUUCUUUUCUUUAGUGUAUCAAAGUAAUAGUAUUGUCCUUAUGAUAGUUUGAAGUUGCUGUAGAGCUUAAAAUUGCUGUUGCACUGGUUGCGAUUGUAAAGGA